UCUCGCUUCUCUCCCGUUCUGAUUUCUGCUGCUCACUAUUGCAGCAAAGGCAGCUGGCUUGUGUAGUGUGUUUACAUAUGCUGCGUGUCUCUGUGUGCGAAAGAGACUGUGUGUGUGUCUGCUUUAAAGGAUUUUUUUGGGUGUUUUUUUUCCAACAAAAAACAUUUUAUUUUAAAGGUUUCAUGAAAUCUGGUGCUCUUUUCUUCCAAACACCCCCCACCCCAUAAAUCUGUUGAAGAAAUGUAGAUUUUUUUUUCUUCUAAAAAAAUAAUAAUUUAAAAAAAUCGGCUGCAACAAAACACACUCAAUGCAGUUGUAGAAGGAAAAGGUCAACUCGAUUCAAUACAGAUCGAAAAGGUGAACCUGGACUUCAGGGUAUAUACCCAGAUAUACCUGGGGAAGGAAAGCAAGAAGAGUUACUCUUUAAAAAGCCCCAAGGAGAUAAACGAAUGUCCCGUCAUCUCCAAAGGAAAGUUCGUCUGAUUUUUACUCAAGAGGUCUCAUCUUCAGGAUGUCAUUGAACACUUCCACUGCUGGCAAAGGUGUGGAUCCAAACACGGUUGAUACUUAUGACAGUGGUGAUGACUGGGAAAUUGGGGUUGGAAAUUUAAUAAUUGAUUUGGAUGCUGAUUUGGAGAAGGACAGACAAAAAUUUGAGAUGAAUAAUUCCACCAAUUCCAAGGAUUGUGGGGGUCUUGCUUCUAGUGGGGUUAAUGCUACCUCAGCCUUAGCUGAUGGCCUAAAAUUUGCUUCUGUUCAGCCCCCUGCUCCUCAGGGGAAUUCUUCACACAAAGAAACUAGCAAAUCAAAAGUGAAAAGGAGUAAAACUUCGAAGGAUGCCAGUAAAUCUCUGCCUUCUGCUGCCUUGUAUGGAAUUCCUGAAAUCAGUGCUGGCAAGAGGCAGGAAGUCCAAGGGCGCCCAAGCGAGGCAGCUGGCAUGAAUUCAGCACUGGGUCAAAGUGUGAACAACAGCCCAAAUGGCAAUAAUAACACCACCAGCAACAAUAACAACACUAUUGCCUCUUGUGGGAAAAAUAAAGAGGAGAAACCAGGUAAAACCCAGGGCAGCAGAGGCUCCAAACGGGAUAAGGAUGGAGGAAAAUCCAGGAAAGACAAGCAACUUGACUUGCAGCAGGGACACCCCAACAACAGUAGCCAAACUCCUCCUGGGCACUUGUAUGGUUUUGGGGCCAAGGGAGGUUGUGCUGGGAGCAACAGCCCUUUCAAUUGCACCUCCUCCACGGUGGGGGAUGUGAACAAAAGUGCUCCGGAUUCAGGGUUAAUGGGGAACUCUAUUUUGGUAAAGAAAGAAGAGGAAGAGGAGGAGAGCCACAGGAGAAUCAAGAAACUGAAAACAGAAAAGGUUGACCCCCUUUUUACAGUGCCUGCACCUCCACCUCCUAUUUCUAGUAGUCUCACACCUCAGAUUCUGCCUUCCUACUUUUCCCCAUCUUCAUCCAAUAUUGCAGCCCCCGUUGAGCAACUUUUGGUACGGACUCGUUCAGUGGGUGUGAAUACUUGUGAAGUUGGAAUAGUAACAGAACCGGAAUGCCUUGGACCAUGCGAACCUGGGACCAGUGUGAAUUUGGAAGGUAUCGUGUGGCAUGAAACGGAAGAAGGUGUCCUGGUUGUAAAUGUUACAUGGCGGAAUAAAACAUAUGUCGGAACAUUGCUUGAUUGCACAAAACACGAUUGGGCUCCUCCCAGGUUUUGUGAAUCGCCAACCAGUGACCUGGAAAUGAGAGGAGGUCGGGGCAGAGGAAAACGAGCAAGGUCUGCGGCGGCUGCAACUGCACCUGGGACUGACAUCAGCUUUACAGAGGCCAGAGGACUGCAGAAUAAGAACAGAGGAGGUGCCAAUGGGAAAGGGAGACGGGGAAGCCUUAAUUCUAGUGGCCGCAGGACUCCCCCAAACUGUGCCAUGGAGGAUAUCAAAGUCAGCUCCCUGUCCACCAAUAAAAGGAAAAACAAGCCACCCAUGGAGCUAGACUUGAACUCCAGUUCAGAGGACAAUAAAUCUGGAAAGCGUGUUCGUACCAAUUCUAGAAGCACUCCAACCACUCCCCAGGGGAAGCCAGAGACUACUUUUUUGGACCAAGGCUGCUCUUCUCCAGUUUUGAUUGAUUGCCCCCAUCCCAAUUGCAACAAAAAGUACAAGCACAUUAAUGGGCUGAGGUAUCACCAAGCUCAUGCACAUUUAGACCCAGAAAAUAAACUGGAAUUUGAGCCUGACAGUGAAGGGAAAAUCUCAGAUUGUGAGGAAGCUCUCAGCAACGUGGCACUUGAAUGCAGUGAGCCAAGCACAAGUUUAUCACAUUUUGAUCAGCUGAAGUCACCUGCCUCUCCUUGUUCCCUCAGUACCCCUGGAACGCCAAAGGGGAAGAGGGAGCAGGCUGCUAAUGGCAGGAACUCUGGCAAAAAGAGGGGCUUGAACAUGAACAGUGAACUGAACAGCCUACCAGUUAUUUCUAACAUGACAGUGACUUUGGAGAACUGCUCAGUGGCAGAAAGCAGUUUGACCACUGAAAUGCCCAAACUAGAGGCUGAAGGACUAAUAGACAAGAAGAACCUGGGGGAGAAAGACAAAGGCAAGAAAGCCAGUAACUGCAAAGUAGAUAAAAACCUUUCAAAGCUUAAAACUGCCAGACCCAUUGCACCAGCUCCAGCUCCAACACCGCCUCAAUUAAUAGCUAUACCCACGGCAGCCUUUACAACAACCACUACUGGUUCAAUACCAGGAUUGCCCUCACUAACAACUACUGUUGUGCAGGCUACACCAAAGAGCCCUCCGCUAAAACCUAUUCAACCAAAGCCCACAAUUAUGGGAGAGCCGAGCACUGUAAACCCAGCUCUCACAUUACUCAAAGACAAAAAGAAAAAGGAGAAGCGAAAGCUGAAGGACAAAGAAAGCAAAGAAAGUGGAAGUCCUAAAAUGGAUUUGAAGCUGGGAAAGUUAGAGGACACAAAAGGGUCUGUGAAAGAGAUUGCCGGGCAUUUUUUAAAGGAACAUCUCAGCAAGAAUGAAGUGUUAGCUAAUGGACUGUCAGAGUCUCAAGAGAGCAGGAUGGCAAGCAUUAAAGCUGAAGCCGAUAAGGUUUACACUUUCACAGACAAUGCACCCAGCCCUUCUAUAGGGAGUGCCUCCAGAAUGGAAUGCAGCACUUUGGUGAAUGGACAGUCGUCAAUGGCGCCACUGCAUGUGUUGACACAAAAUGGGGCAGAGGGUGCUGCUGCUAAAACCAACAGCCCUGCUUACUCUGAUAUCUCUGACGCUGCAGACGAUGGUGGUUCUGACAGCAGGUCAGAGGGUAUGAGGUCAAAGGCCAGCUCCCCUUCAGAUAUUAUUUCUAAUAAUAAGGACAGUGUUGUAAAAGGGCAUUCCUCAACCCCAGUACAACCAGCCCAAGUAAAAGAGUCCCAUUCUCCCUAUUACCAUGGCUACGAUCCUUAUUAUUCUCCAAGUUACAUGCACUCUGGACAGGUCAGCACCCCUGCAGCUGGGAACAGCAAUAACACACAGGGAAUGAAGAUCAAAAAGGAAGCAGAGGAAGAGGGUGAAAAGAAAGACAAGGCAGAGGCAACAGAGUCCAAAAAAAGUGAAACCAAUUCCACUAACUUGCAGCCUCAACAUCAGUCAGUAAUAACUCAGAGGCACCCUGCACUUGCCCAGUCACUUUACUAUGGCCAGUAUGCAUAUGGGCUUUAUAUGGACCAAAAGUCCUUAAUGGCUUCUAAUCCUGCUUACAGGCAGCAAUACGAGAAAUAUUAUGAGGACCAGAGAUUGGCAGAACAGAAAGUGGCACAAACUGGGAGAGAGUGUGAAAGGAAAAGCGAGCUCCCCCUAAAAGACCUCGGAAAAGAUGACAAGCUGAAAAACAUCCCCUCUGCUACUAUCUCAAAAGCACCUUCAACCCCUGAGGCCAGUAAAAACAACACUAAAGUAGGGGCAUCAGUCCCUAACAAAACUGAAGAGACAAGCAAAUCACAGAUUAUUUCCAAUCAUCAGCAACAGGUUCAAUCAGAUAGCUUCAAAGCAAAGCAAAUGGAAAACCACCAGCUCAUAAAGGAGGCUGUGGAAAUGAAAUCCGUCAUGGAUUCUAUGAAACAGACUGGAGUAGAUCCUACAACAAGGUUUAAACAGGACCCAGAUACAAGAACAUGGCACCAUUAUGUAUAUCAGCCAAAAUACCUUGAUCAGCAGAAAACAGAGGAACUGGAACGUGAAAAAAAGUUAAAAGAAGAUAGCCCCAGAAAAACACCUAAUAAGGAAGCUUCUUUCUCCAACCUUCCUGUCUCAUUAAACAGCAUUAAAGAGGAGCCUAAGGAGAUCAAGCGUUCUGAUUCUCAAUCACUGGAGGAGAACAAGAUAAAAAAUGACGAUCGAAAGACUCCUGUAAAUUGGAAGGAGUCACGGGGUGCUAGAGUGGCUGUUUCCUCUCCAAUAACUCAGCAUCAGUCAUACAUACAGUACUUGCACGCCUACCCUUACCCACAAAUGUAUGAUCCUAAUCAUCCUGCAUACCGUGCCGUGUCUCCUGUUCUCAUGCACAGCUAUCCAGGGGCCUAUCUCUCGCCAGGGUUUCAUUAUCCUGUUUAUGGGAAGAUGUCCGGGAGAGAAGAGGUGGAAAAAGUCAAUACCAGCCCUAGCAUCAGCGUAAAAUCAACCACUGAAUCUAAAGCACUGGAUUUGUUGCAGCAGCAUGCCAACCAGUAUCGUAGCAAGUCUCCUGCUCCUGUGGAAAAAUCUACAGCUGAGCGAGAGAGGGAAACAGAACGAGAGCGAGAUCGUCAUUCACCCUUUAGCCAGCGGCAUCUUCAUACACACCACCACACCCACGUUGGAAUGGGCUACCCACUAAUUCCAGGUCAAUAUGACCCAUUUCAAGGGCUGACCUCUGCUGCCCUUGUUGCCACUCAGCAGGUGGCUGCUCAGGCAUCUGCAUCUGGUAUGUUUCCUGCACAAAGAAGAGAAUGAUAAAUAUGGAAAUGUACAUCAUCAUGUGACUGGAUCACAUGAAAGAAGCGCUUUAUUACAGACAUCAGUUCCAUGGUGUUAAUUUGAAAUGCCUUAAUGGCAGGCAAAAACCAGUCAUUUCAUUUUUGUAAAUUGCAGAUUUUUAUCACAGAGUAACAAAUGUUGCUGUAUUUAGACUUCUGUUUUUUUAUAUAUAUAUAUGCUUAUAUAAAUAUAAAUAUAUAUAUAUAUAUAUAUAUUCUUUACUUUUUUUGUAUCGGUAAUCAGGCUCGUACUUAGGGUCUGCUGCUAAGUUGUAAACCACAAAGUAAAUGAAAAGAAAUGUAUUUGUCUUGUUUAGAAAGCAUUAACCACAAAAAGGUUGUUUGUUUCUUUUUUCUUCCUUUUGCUUUUUAAAUUGUAAAUAACUAAUGUUAUGUAUCUGUGUGCCUGAACCUUGCAUACCCUUCUAAUAUUGCCCACAACCCUCAAUAGAGGCUAACUGUGAUGACGACGAUGACACUUUGGUACAAUUUAGAUGUCUAUUUGGUGGCUCCUAUUAAGAUGCAUCAGUGUAAAAUGUUACUGUAUUAACUGUUCCAUUGUAAUUGUGUAUUGUGAAGAAUAUACAUUUGGAAGGCAUGGGCUUGCCAGUACCACAAAAACUGUGUUGUACAUAAUGUAUAGAUUUUAAAUGGGGAAAUAAUGAGCAUCUGUGAAUAAUGAAAUGUCCUUUUUAUAAUCUUGAAUGGCAAAUAACCCAAUAGCCUGCAUACCAGAAGACGUCUGUGAUUGUUCUAUUACUUGAAUAGUCCUGCAGUCUUUUUUUUAAUGUUUACAAUUAUCCCGUUUUAGAAGAGAGACUUUAAUGCCAUUGCCUGGUUACUUGUUUUAUGCUGUAAUCUAGUUUAUUUUAUGUAAAAUGUAUAUUGAAUGCUUUCAUUUUUAUACCUGCCUUAAAUAAUUUGGCAAUCAGAAUUAAA